CCGUGGCGGGACGCUGUCGGUGACUUCAUUGGCUUCGCUUCGCUCGGCUCCAGCCGCUCCGUUGGAGGAAGCGCCUUAACAAUGGCUUUUAAAUGACCCACCGCGAGUCGCUGGCUGUGAUUAGGCCUUUUCUUAGAGCACGCCAGCGGCGAGGUAAGCUGGCACAAACGCGUGGACUGUAAAGCAACUCUCUCAACUGUGCUGCUCACGGGAGGAAGAGGCAGUCACCAGUGACCAUCAACAGCGAUGCCGAGCACCGAUCUGCGCCACUCCCCGUGCCCCUCUGAGGGAGAAAUCGGCUUCGCUACACUACCGGAGCAAGUGCACAGGAAAUCAGUCAAGAGGGGAUUCGACUUCACCUUGAUGGUCGUGGGCGAAUCCGGCCUGGGCAAAUCUACGCUCAUAAACAGCCUGUUUCUGACGGACUUGUAUGAAGAUCGCAAGCUUCCCAAUGCCGAAGGUUGCGGCAGCUGGACAUCGAGUUCAUGAAGAGGCUCCACCAGAAGGUCAACAUUGUGCCUGUCAUCGCCAAGGCCGACACACUGACCCCCACUGAAGUUCGCCAGAUGAAAGACCGGGUUCUGCGAGAACUUGAAGAGCAUCAGGUGACAGUCUACCAGCUGCCGGAAUGUGAUAGUGACGAGGAUGACGAUAUCAAGCUGCAAGACAGAGAGCUCAAGGAGAGCAUCCCGUUCGCUGUAAUUUCGAGUACCCAGGUGGUGGACAUCAACGGUCGGCGAGUCCGCGGUCGACUCUACCCCUGGGGGAUCGUCGAAGUGGAGAACCCGAAGCAUAGCGACUUCCUCAAGUUGCGGACCUUCCUUAUUAGAAUAAUCCUUGGUCUCUUCAGCACGCACAUGCAAGACCUGAAGGAAGUGACCCGCGAUGUACACUACGAGAACUAUCGUGCCCAGUACAUCCAGAAGAUUUCUCAACAAGCGGCCCGCGAAAGGGGGAAGCAAGGCAGAGAUUCGGUGCCAACCACAUACGACGGAAUAUCUGAAGCUGAUCGCCUGCUCCAGAUGAAAGACGAAGAGAUCCGGCGCAUGCAAGAGAUGCUGUCACAGAUGCAGGAGAAGCUGCGCCAGACCAGCAGAGACACCACACCCGAAGCGUCGACUCCAGACUUGGACGCUCGGAGGGACGGCGACAGCGUCGUGAACCUGUGAGGAGCAGCAGUGGAGUGAUGGGAAGGGUGCCGCCAACUCGCCAAUGUCUCCCCUUUUCCAGCUGUAUGCACAUACCAACUGGUGCUGCACAACACAGGUUGUGCAGUGGGGGUCCGGUCAUUUAGGCUUAGGCUUGUGAGGACACUCCUUCCCCAUGAUGUCCGAGCAUUGCUCCUUCAGUGUUCUUUGGGGUGCCAAUGUUUUCUUGCAGAUUGCCAGGACUAGGUUUCUUUCAUUAAUUAGGUAACAUUCGAUGUUUUACUUUGUCACGAGGCACUCGUCUUUGCUCUAUCACAUGCAGUAAGACCAUUUUGUUGACCUUGGAGGUCUUUCCUUGAGUCGUGUGACCUUCUUUUCCGAAGGUCGUCCCAUGACUGGUUAUACUCUUCAAUGCGAGUGAACCCAGAAGGUUGGAGUUCGCAAGCUUGGACGUCUACCGUUUUGCUCCAUGCACAUAUGCUUGCUACAUCGUCAAUUUGAUCCUCCUGCUGGUGAGACUGUGCUGUGCAUUUGUGGCAGGAAAUUUAAUGUACCACCUGAAAUUAUUUGAAAUGCGCACUCCUUUCUAAUUCAUCAUCUUUUUUUUUUCUAAAUGCAGUGCGUUUACAUUAUUUUGGAGCUUACGUAUUGUUAGCAUACGUUAUCCCACACCAAGCUUCUCUUAGACAUUCUUAUAUGGCAGCUUGGUUCGGCACAUCAAAUUAUGGGAAGACACCAUACGCUUCAUUUCUGUUUCGCAAGCAGCUGUUUGUCAGAAGUUGUGUUUCUUAUUCAUCUAUUUCUGGCAUCACAUUCACAUAGUUUUCAAUGUAGAACGUGGCUUGGCCUCUUUCUUCACUGUCCUCAGUUAAAAAUGCCACCUCAUCAUAGGCAUCCAUUGCACAAGAAUGUUAUGCUUUGCUUGAUUCUUAUGGUGAAAUUAAUUGGCACCCUCAUGGACCCUGCGGGAGCGACGCGUCAAAGAAGCUUCCCAGCUUUACUUUGAGAUUAUACUAAAGCGCCACUUUGAGCAGCUAUAUAUACAUGCGCAUGAGAUAUACUUACUAUACACCUACAGAGAUUUAUUCAUCUAUCAGAUAUACACGCGCAGCUUAAUUCCAUGUGUGCAUUCCUGCUUAUUCAUCACCAAUAUUUUUUUCCUUCUCUCCAAAUGUGGUGAUAUCGUUGUUAUUUAUUUCAAAUAUAGUAUAGUAUUUUGAAUUCUUGGCAGCUGCUUUCAAAAGUCUUUUUGUGGAAGUUGUUGGGCAAACAACUCGUAUCAGGGUUCACAUUUCGUGAUAAUCAAUCUUACUUAGUGCAUUUUGUCAUCGAGUUGAUUGCCAUAACAAGCAAAGACACUUGUGAUAGAAUUAAAACAGACAUAGGAAAGGGGGAGGACAUAUUCGAUUAUGAGAAAAUCUGGGCCCUAUUUUGCAUUCAAAUUCACAUGAGACUACCGAUAUGUUGUAAAAGCCCAUUUCAGUGAAGCCUCGUCAAACACGAAAAUGGGUUUGUUGCAUCGAAAAAUUUGUUACAGACAUGUACUAUUCCUUAUACUGUACGAGUGGCAACACAGUUCAUCAUCUACUUCAUUUUAGCCAAAAAUUCGUUAUAAAUGUAUGUUCUUCACACUGUACGAGUGGCAACACAAUUUCUCAUUUGCUCCAUUAUAUUUGAAAGUUCGUUAGAAAAUUUUUUUUUACUCUGUAUUAGCGGAAGUAUCAUUCUUUCAUUUAUUUCACUAUAAUAAAAAAUUCUAGGCUUGUGCGAAUAGUGAAUUUCAAGUCAGAAGCGAAUUCGUGGCAAUUUUAAGCAAAUAAUUAUGAGUCGAAUUCGAAUAGUAUAUAUCAUGUAUUAUAAAUAAAAAAUGGUAUAUUUUUUUAUUACCUAACAACUUGCACAGUAUUCUUAAAAAAUUGAAACAAGGCCUGUGCGAAUGCCAUUUUUUUGGUUCAGAGGAAGGUCAAAUGACUUUGAAUAGUAAGAAGGCAAACUGUAACCUGCAAAUUAUGUUCAUUUAAAAAUUUACUAUAUUUAGAGCAUAUAAGCUGGUGUAACAAGCUUUUAAACAAUAAAUGUGACAAAUCAAUGUGACUUGUAUGAUGUUCAUUUAACCUUCCAGUAAGGCUUCCUGGCAGUGCGGGUUUUUUCUGCAAAGGUGCUUUCACAGCUCCGCACAUCUCUAUUGCAGUGAAAGCACCUCUAUAGGAGGGUUACAUGUGGAUCAAUAUAAACCUAUUUGUUUAUUUCGCCGAAAUUUUCAACUAUUUGAAUUCAAGUCAAAGUGAAUUCGAAUACUGUAAACAUUCGUUCAAAUGUUCGAAGCAUUCCAAUAUUCGCACAAGCCUACAAAAAUUUGCUAUAUUGAGGGUUGGUUGCGAUUGCAUGUCAGUCCAUUUCACUUCAUUGUGUCACAACUAGAACAAGCAUUACUAAUGGCUAUGUGAUAAGCUCUGAUAACCAAAGGAUGACAACCGCAUUUUUGGGCACUCAUACUAAACCAAAGAAGUGCGUUGCGCACUUUCAUUUUGUCUCAGUCACCAGAGAACGCACAUUUGUGCUUCACAAGCUUUGCUUGAAGCUGGCAUGUAUGCUUACUUCACAGUCCGGCUAGUCAUUAGACUGGGCACUCUUUUUUUUUGUCAUGCUCUCAAGGGAACUGCAACAGUCAAAUGCCACUUAUUAUUUAUAUUUAGCUUGCAUCUAACUUAUUUACACCUAUUUAUGAUAUCUAUAUUUAUACACAAAUAACACCUGCCCCAGGGUAGACAUUCCGGAGUUGUGGAUCCUAUUUACUUUGCCACCACUUUCUAUUGCUUGUAUAAUCUGCACUGUGUACGUAUGUGAAAGUGCUACCGUUGUGUACUUCAGUGAAACAUGCAUUUCUUUUCCUUUUCUGUUUCUAUGUGUUUUUUUCUUACUUCUUUCUCAGUGUUUUCUGUCGGUCUGAGUUCAGUUGCAAAUAUGUCAUAGGUCCUCUGUCCAAACAAAAAAAGGAAAAGAAAGCAGUGGGUAGGGAGGGAUUCAUUGAAAGUCGCAAUAAAAAGUAAAUCUCUACAAAA